GAGCACGUUACUGUCGUCAGCUUUCCCACAUGAUUCCACAGGAUUUCGCUGAGUACGAUUCACGCGUUGAUGCAUCAUAGAUUUGACACAGUCAAAUUGAUUUAAAAUCUUUGGUACGUAUGGUCUGAAGAUUUAAGUAAACGGGCGCAAUGGUAACUUUAGAUUCUCCACAUACAGAUAUUAAGAUGAGUGGCGAGCCGGUGGAGCCGACAGAACCACAUGCCGAUCAAACAGACCAUGAACAAAAUGGACUUGACUUCACAAGACAGAUAAAGACAGAGGACAGUGACUCUCCGCAUGCCGUCAAGACAUGUCACCUAACACAAGGAUCCCCCUUGUCUGGAGCACAGCUAACAGGGGACCUACCCUCCCUGCACCCCCUCCAACAGCUUGUAUUGGUCCCUGGAUCUCACCUCUCCUCUUCCUCGCCCUUCCUCCUCUCACAAACGCAGACGGGACACCAAGCACUGCUGCAGCAGAACCUAUUGUCUUUGCCCACACAAUCCCAGCCAGGCCUCCUACAACACCAGUCUGGAUUAGCGCUCACUCCCCAGGCAAUGAGUCGGGCAGGCCUAACAGGGGCCUCUUUGGAUGGGCACCUGGAGAUGUCCCACCUGCAACACCUGCCCAAGCACAUUGCCCCCACACAGCAGGAUGAGCCCAGUGACCUGGAGGAACUGGAGCAGUUUGCCAAGGCUUUCAAGCAGAGACGCAUCAAACUGGGCUUCACUCAGGGGGACGUGGGUCUGGCCAUGGGGAAGCUGUACGGCAACGAUUUCAGCCAGACCACCAUCUCACGCUUUGAGGCGCUCAACUUGAGCUUCAAGAACAUGUGCAAACUCAAGCCCCUCCUGGAGAAGUGGCUGAGCGAUGCAGAGAACUCCUCCUCAGACUCCAUGGCCAGUGCUGCCCCCCUGCCCCCCAUCUUGGAAGGAUACGGCAGGAAGAGGAAGAAGAGGACAAGUAUUGAAACCAACAUCAAGCUUACUCUAGAGAAACGUUUUAUGGACAACCCCAAGCCCAACUCAGAGGAGAUCACCCUGAUCUCAGAGCAGCUGUCCAUGGAAAAGGAGGUUGUCAGGGUAUGGUUCUGUAACCGCCGCCAGAAGGAAAAGAGGAUUUUCUGCCCCAUGGCCACACCGCCUGUGAAACCAUCCAAUUACAGCUCCAGACUGGUUCCCACUUCCAGGUCGUUCAGUCCUCUGGCCGUAAGCGGAGUGUCGUCCAGUUCCUCUCCCAGCAGUCCCAGUCGUGGGUCCUCACCCAAUGCUCUCUCAUCUGGCUCCAGUACGCUGACCUCACAGGCUCAGUCCCUCAACACCCCUGGAUCUUGGUAUCGAACGUGGAACCACUCAUCCUAUCUCCACUGAAGGCUCCAAAUCCUCCCUUAAUGGUGGAAAUGUGCUGGAAGAGGCUGGAAAGCUGAUUAUACUGCAUGAAAAGUUCCCUACCAUAUACUUAAAAGAGAAGGAAAAUGGAUAUAAAUAAGUGUCAUAGCAACUCAGAAACCUGUAAAAAAUGUGGCAAAGCUGUUUCAUAGCAAUUUCUAGAAAGAAAGGCAUUUAUACCAACAGCUUUGCUGUAACUUUCACCACAUAAUGAAUAAAAGGAUAUUAAAACCAAAUAUUAUCAUACAACAUUGUAACUGGAUUUUUUCAGGAGCAGCCAAAGGGGGGCAUUUCCACAGGUGUCCUCUUCUGAUGAUAUCAUGAUUACCAGAGGAGAGUAUCUUCUGGCCCUUCUCAGACCUGCAUGAAUGUUUACAGUGACUUAAUCAGGUAUCACAUGGGCUUUUGCAUAUAGGGAAUUCAAA